AUGGCUCCUCAGGUCUUCAUUACUGGUACCACCGGAUACAUUGGCGGCGAUGGUCUUUAUGCCAUCAGCAAUGCCCAUCCCGAUUGGGAGCUUUCAGCCUUGGUCCGCAACAAGGACAAGGCCGCUGUCCUGUCCAGCAAAUACCCCAAGAUCCGAACUGUACACGGCGACCUGGACUCAUCCGACAUCAUUGAAGAGGAGGUCAAGAAGGCCGAUAUUGUCUUCCACUUCGCUGAUUGCGACCAUGUCGCUGCUGCCGAGAGCAUUGCCAAAGGCGCUAAACAUCACACCUCUGAGCGCCCACUCUGGCUCAUCCAUACAUCUGGAACAGGUAUCUUGACCGUCGAGGAUCAGCGUGCCAAAUCGUAUGGUAUCGAGCGUCCCAAGCAAUAUAACGAUUGGGAUGGAGUCGACGAGCUUGUCAACCUGCCCGAAGACGCAUUCCACCGCAACGUGGACGAAAUCAUCCUCAACAUCAGCAAGCAAAACCCCACUAGCGCCCACACUGCCAUCGUCUGCCCGCCCACGAUCUACGGCCAAGGCCGUGGACCUGUGAACACCAAAAGCCUCCAGGCUUACCUGCUCAGCUCGGCCGUGAUCAAGCGCGGAAAGGGCUUGUUGGUUGGCAAGGGUGAGAAUGUCUGGCACCAAAUCCACGUUCAGGAUUUGAGUGAGGUCUACCUUGCGCUCGGCGAUGCGGCUGCCAUUGGCGGUGGCAAGGCCACCUGGGAUGAUAAGGGUUACUACCUGGUUGAAAAUGGCCCGUUUGUUUGGGGUGAUAUUCAGCGUGCUGUCGCCCAGGCUGCUUUUGACCAGAAGUACAUUGAAUCUCCCGAAGUUGAGUCUUUGGAUUAUGAUCAGACUACAGAGGUCUUGUCGGUUGGUAUCUACGCUUGGGGAUCGAACUCUCGAGGCCACUCUCUGCGAGCGCGAAAGCUGUUUGGAUGGGAGCCUAAACAGCCGAAGUUGAUUGAGUUGAUUCCUGACAUUGUUGCUCUCGAGGCUAAGGCACUCGGGCUUUAA